AUGCCACCAAAGUUCAAACCCCAGAAACAACAACAACAACACCAAAAGGAUGGGGCCGGUCCACGCGUCGUGUACUGGUUCCGUACGGAUCUGCGUCUUCACGACUCACCUGCGCUGGCGCACGCUCUGUCGCUGAAGCCGUCGCGCCUCGUGCCGCUGUGGACGUGGGAUCCGCACUACGUGUACCGGCAGCGCGGGUCGGCGAACCGCUGGGCGUUUCUGGUCGGGUGCAUGGGCGACGUGUCCUCGGCGCUGGCGAGGCUGAACCCUCGACAGAAACUGCACGUCGUGCGGGCGGCGCCGGGGAAGGUGAUCGGCCCGCUGCUGCGGAAGUGGAAGGUCGACGUGCUCGUGUUCGAGCGUGACACGGACGCCUACGCACGCACGCGCGACGCCGAGGUCACGCGCGUCGCCGAGGCCCUGGGCGUCAAGGUCGUGGCUGUGAGCGGGAGGACGCUGUUCGACAGCGACGACGUCGUCGAGGCGAAUGGCGGCCGCCCGACGAUGAGCAUGGCCCAGCUUGUCAAGGCGGCCGGGAAGCUCGGGAAAACUGCUGUGCCUGCUCGGCCGGUCGCCGCGCCCACGACGUUACCGGACCCUCUGGACGCCGAGGACAUGGACUUGAGCGACAUUGAGCGCGAGAUCGAGGGCGAAGGGAAACGUGUCGACGAAGAGAACCCCGCGGUCGCUGGUGGUGGUGGUGGUGCUGCUGCUGCUCCCGCCAGACCCGGCGGCGAUUUCAACGCCGUGCAGAGGACCCUGGCACAUGGCACACACACGCACACGCAGUACCGUGUCGGCCUGAUGGGCCCGGACAGAACGUUCAGCGUGCCGACGCUGCAAGAGAUGGGUAUCGACCCGCACGACGUGACGACGCCGCACGUCGGUGGAGAGACCGCUGGGCUGGCCGUGCUGAAAAGGUACAUCGUCGACGAAGAGUACGUGGGGACGUUUGAGAAGCCUGCGACGGCGCCCACGGACUUUGAACCGCAGGCCACCACGCUCCUUUCGCCGCACAUGCACUUCGGGAGUGUGAGCGUGCGCAAGUUCUGGUGGGACGUGCAGGACGUGCUGGAGAAACGGAAAAGGGAGAAGAAGCACAACAGCGCCGAGCCGGUCAAUCUGCCCGGCCAGCUGCUGUUCCGGGACAUGUACUUUGCGGCACAGGCCAAGGUCGGAGUUGCGUUUGGCCAGGUGGUCGGCAACCCCGUCGCGAGGUUCAUCCCCUGGCAUCUGCAGAGCAGGUACGCCGUCGUCAAAAGCGAGCAGGGCGAGGGCGAGAUCCAGGUCGCCGACGGGACGUAUGUGGUCGACGACCCGCAGGCCGAAGAGUACUUUCGGCGCUGGAAGGAGGGCCGCACCGGGUUCCCGUGGAUCGACGCGCUGAUGAGACAGCUCAAGCAGGAAGGCUGGAUCCACCACCUGGGCAGACACGCCGUCGCGUGCUUCUUGACCCGGGGAGGCUGCUACGUGUCCUGGGAGCGCGGCGCCGAGGUGUUCGAGGAGUGGCUGAUCGACCACGAGCCGGCAUGCAACGCGGGGAACUGGAUGUGGCUGUCGUGUACCGCCUUCUUCUCGCAGUUCUACCGAUGCUAUUCACCCGUGAGCUUCCCCAAAAAGUGGGACCCGGAAGGUCGCUUCGUGAGGAGGUACGUGCCUGAGUUGGCCCUGUUUGACAAGAAGUACAUCUACGAGCCGCACAAGGCGCCCAUAGCGGACCAGAAGAAGUGGGGGUGUCUGGUGAAAGGGGACGGAUUGAACAGGAAGAUCGAGAACGAGAACGAGAACGAGAACGAGAACGCCGCAGCACGACAACAACAACAACAACUACAAACGUAUCCAAAGCCCAUGUUCGAUUUCAACGAGAGAAGGCAGUUUUGUAUCGACAAGGUCAAGGAGGCGUAUGACGUCGGACUGUACGGGGACGACGAGAAGGUCAGGACGGGAGAAUGGAAGAAGAUGUUCAAGUUUAAUGAUCGAGGGGCAAAGGUCAAGGAGGCCGCCAACGGUUCGAUGGAAAGGGGUGUAAAGAGGUCGAGAGACGAAGAAGGAGAGAAUGAGGACGAUACGGGUGAGAAUGCUGACGAUAAUGGAGACGAUAGUGACGACGAGCAUGAACAUGGACAUGGACAUGACACCGAGAAGAAGAGCGAGAAAAACAAGCGAGGGAAGAGAGGUCAGAAGACUUUGGAUACAAUGAUCAGUCGAAAGAAGGUGGAGUGA